AUGGAAGUGAAGGAACGUAGACCCUACCGCUCGCUCACUGCCCGGCAGGACACGGAGCGCCGCUACACCAGCUCCUCUGCAGACAGUGAGGACGGAAAACCCAACCCCAAAUCCUACAGCUCCAGCGAAACACUCAAGGCCUUCGACCAUGACUCCAGGAUGGCCUAUGGGAGCCGUGUCAAGGAAAUGGUUCAUCACGAAGUGGACGAGUUCAGUCGGCAAGGGGCAGACUUUUCCCUUCGGAACCUAGGGUUCGGAGAGGGCCUCCCGUCCCAUGUAGCCACUUACAGGACUGACAUGGGAAUGCCGCACCGCGAAUACUCAGUCAGUGUGGGCUCAGACGCCGACACAGAGACGGACGGCAUCAUGUCGCCGGAGCACGCAGUCAGGCUAUGGGGCCGCAGCAACACCAAGUCGGGCCGCAGCUCGUGCCUCUCCAGCAGGGCCAACUCCAACCUGACUCUCACUGACACUGAGCACGACAACACAGAAAACGGUCCUCCGCUGCAUUGUUCAUCUGCCUCCUCCUCCCCUGUUGAGCAGCUCCCAUACCCUCCCCCUUCCAUCUCAGCCAAUGAGAGCCAGAGAGGGUUGCUAGGUAACUGUGCGGCUCAGCCAGCCCAGGACUCUGACUCUGAGGAUGAGUUUGGCCCCAAUUCAUUCUUAGUUAAAACUGGCUCAGGGAACCUGUAUGCUCCUGCCACUGCAACUGCUGAUGACGGAGCCUUUCAAAACCAUUCCCGGCUGCGGACGCCUCCUCUACCGCUCUCCCACUCCCACUCUCCCAAUCAUCAGCACCAUGCGGCCUCCAUUAACUCCUUGAACAGGGGCAACUACACACCACGGAGUAACCCAAGUCCCGCUCCGACAGACAGCUCUGCUCCUCCUGAGGGUCCAGCUAGUGGGCAAGACUGCACACAGGACAACUGGCUACUCAACAGCAACAUCCCCUUGGAAACCAGAAACAUAGCAAAGCAGACAUUCCUAGAGACUUUACAGGACAACCUCAUUGAGAUGGACAUUCUGGCAUCAGCACGCCACGAUGCCUCGUACAACGACGGGCACUUCCUGUUCAAACCAGGUGGAACAUCACCAAUGUAUUGCACAACAUCACCAGGAUACCCUUUGACCUCCAGCACGGUGUACUCGCCACCCCCUCGGCCCCUGCCUCGGAACACCUUCUCUCGACCUGCCUUCAGCCUGAAGAAGUCCUAUAAGCACUGCAACUGGAAAUGUGCUGCUCUCAGUGCCAUCCUCAUCUCAGUAACACUGCUCUUUCUGUUGGCCUACUUCAUUGCCAUGCACCUUUUUGGAUUAAACUGGCACCUGCAGCCCAUGCAGAGACAGAUGUACCAACUAUCAGAGGACAAUGCCAGUGGCCUACCUUUACCUACGGACCUGAGCUUUCCCCCGCUAGGAAACACAGGCUUGGGAUUACCUGAUCGCAAAGGAAAAGAUGACAGCAAAUUGGACAGCUUGUUCCCUGAUGACAGCUAUAUAGAUAUGGGGGAGAUUGACGUCGGGCGCAAGGUCGCGCAGCAGAUUCCUCCUGGUAUCUUCUGGAGGGCCCAGGUCUUCAUUGAUCAUCCCAUGUACCUGAAGUUUAAUGUGUCCCUGAGCAAAGAUGCCUUAGUGGGAGUCUACGGGAGAAGAGGCCUACCUCCCUCGCACACACAGUUUGACUUUGUGGAGCUUUUGGAUGGGCGGCGGCUCCUGGCCCAGAACGUCCGUGGUCUGGAGGGUCCUGUGGCUAUGCAGAGGAGCCUGGUGCCCAUCACCACACAUGACACAGGCUUUAUCCAGUACAUGGACUCGGGCAUCUGGCACCUGGCUAUCUACAACGAUGGCAAAGAAACGGAAACUGUCUCCUACCUCACCACAGCCAUAGAAUCUAUUGAUGACUGUCCCAGUAACUGCUUUGGGAACGGUGACUGUGUUGCUGGAACAUGCCACUGCUUUUUAGGAUUCAAAGGACCGGACUGUGGGCGAGCUGCCUGUCCAGUCCUGUGCAGUGGGAAUGGUCAAUACCUUAAAGGUCGCUGCAUGUGUCACAGCGGCUGGAAGGGCUCCGAGUGUGACGUUCCCACCAACCAGUGCAUUGACAUCACAUGCAGCAGCCAUGGGACGUGCAUCGUGGGAACCUGUAUCUGCAACCCGGGCUACAAGGGGGAAAACUGUGAAGAAGUGGACUGCAUGGAUCCAACAUGCUCAGGCCGAGGGGUAUGUGUCCAGGGAGAAUGCCACUGCUUUGUGGGCUGGGGCGGGCCAGGCUGUGAGAGCCCCCGAGCCUCCUGCAUGGACCAGUGCUCUGGACACGGAGCUUUCCUGGCAGACACCGGAACCUGCAGCUGUGAUCCCAACUGGACGGGCCAUGACUGCUCUACAGAGAUUUGUGCAGCGGACUGUGGUGGCCAUGGCAUUUGUGUGUCGGGCACCUGCCGCUGUGACGAUGGCUGGAUGGGCACUGGGUGUGACCAGAGGGCGUGUCACCCUCGCUGCAACGAACAUGGCACUUGCAGGGACGGCAAAUGUGAAUGCAGUCCGGGAUGGAACGGAGAGCACUGCACUAUUGAGGGCUGCCCUGGUUUGUGCAAUGGAAAUGGUAGGUGCACUCUGGGUAACAAUGGCUGGUUCUGUGUGUGCCAGCUGGGUUGGAGGGGCACUGGCUGUGACACCUCUAUGGAAACUGCCUGCAGUGAUGUCAAGGACAACGAUGGAGAUGGCCUAGUGGACUGCAUGGAUCCAGACUGCUGUCUGCAGGCAACCUGUCACACCACCUCUCUGUGCGUUGGCUCACCGGACCCCCUGGACAUCAUCCAGGAGACACAGAUGUCCUCUACACAGAGCAACCUGCAGACUUUCUAUGACCGGGUGCACUUCCUGGUGGGCAGAGACAGCACCCACAUCAUCCCUGGUGCCAACCCCUUCGACGGCAACCAUGCUUGUGUCAUUCGUGGACAAGUGGUGACAUCAGACGGAACACCGCUGGUUGGCGUCAACAUCAGUUUCAUCAACAACCCAUCCUAUGGCUACACAAUCACGAGACAGGAUGGAAGUUUUGACUUGGUGACCAACGGGGGCAUAGCCAUAGCCCUGCACUUUGAGCGCGCUCCAUUCAUCACCCAGGAGCACACUCUCUGGUUGCCAUGGGGACGCUUCUUUGUCAUGGAUACCAUUGUCAUGCGGCAUGAGGAAAAUGAUAUCCCUAGCUGUGACCUGAGUAGCUUCACCAGGCCGAGCCCUGUGGUGUCCCCGGCGCCGCUCACCGCGUUCGCCGGCUCCUGCGCUGAGAGGCGGACCGUCGUACCCGAAAUCCAGACUCUGCAGGAGGAGGUCCCCAUACCAGGGACGGAUAUUAAUCUUGGCUAUUUAAGCAGCAGGACUCCAGGUUACAAGUCAAUACUGAGAGUGACCCUUACCCACUCCACAAUCCCUUUCAACUUGAUGAAGGUUCACCUUAUGGUGGCUGUGGAAGGCAGGCUCUUCAGAAAGUGGUUUCCUGCAGCCCAAAACCUCUUGUAUGACUUUGUGUGGGACAAGGCUGACGUCUACAGCCAGAAGGUCUAUGGCUUGUCAGUAGCUUUUGUAUCUGUGGGUUUUGAGUAUGAAUCAUGUCCAGACCUUAUUCUAUGGGAGAAGAGGACUGCUGUUCUUCAAGGCUACGAAACUAUUGCCUCCAAACUGGGAGGAUGGACUAUUGACAAGCACCAUGCUUUAAAUAUCCAGAGUGGUAUUCUUCACAUGGGCAAUGGGGAGAACGUCUUCAUUUCCCAGCAGCCUCCUGUAAUCGGCAGCGUGAUGGGGAACGGGCGCAGGCGCAGCAUCUCCUGCCCCAGCUGUAAUGGCCUCGCUGACGGAAACAAGCUGCUGGCUCCCGUGGCUCUGGCCUGUGGCUCGGAUGGAAGCCUGUAUGUGGGCGACUUCAACUAUGUGAGGAGGAUUUUCAACACGGGGAAUGUCACCAGCGUCCUGGAGCUCAGCAACAGCCCUGCUCACAAGUACUACCUGGCCACCAGUCCGGUGAACGGCGUUGUGUACCUGUCGGACACCAGCAGCAGGAAGGUGUUCAAGGUGAAAUCCCUGAAUGUUGUGAAGGAUGUGGCAAAGAAUCUGGAGCUGGUGGCGGGCACGGGUGACCAGUGUCUCCCGUACGAUGACACUCGCUGCGGGGAUGGAGGAAAAGCUGCUGAGGCCACUCUCACCAACCCCAGAGGCAUUACGGUGGAUAAGUACGGUGUUAUCUUCUUUGUGGAUGGGACCAUGAUUCGCAGGAUUGAUCAGAAUGGUAUCAUCUCUACUCUUCUGGGCUUCAAUGACCUGACCUCUGCCCGACCUCUCAGUUGCGAUGCUGUGAUGGACAUCUCUCAGGUGCGUCUUGAGUGGCCCACAGACCUGGCAGUGAGUCCCAUGGACAACUCCCUGUUCGUCCUGGACAACAAUGUAGUACUCCAGAUCUCAGAAAACCAUCAAGUCCGUAUUGUUGCAGGUCGGCCCAUGCACUGCCAAGUGCCUGGUAUUGACCAUUUCCUCAUGAGCAAAGUGGCCAUACAUGCCACCCUGGAGUCCGCCAAUGCCCUAGCAGUGUCCCACACCGGUGUUUUGUACAUCGCUGAGUCAGACGAAAAGAAAAUAAACAGAGUGCGACAGGUGUCCACCAAUGGAGAGAUCUCCCUGGUUGCAGGGGCACCGAGUGGCUGUGACUGCAAGAACGAUGCCAACUGCGAUUGUUACUUUGGAGACGAAGGGUAUGCCAAGGAUGCUAAGCUGAAUGCACCCUCGUCUCUAGCGGUGUGCCCGGAUGGCGAGCUUUACAUCGCAGAUCUGGGCAACAUUCGUAUCCGCUUUGUGCGCAAAAACAAGCCCUAUCUGAAUCCCCUCAGCAUGUACGAGGUGUCCUCUCCCAUUCACGAUGAACUCUAUCUGUUCGACUCCAACGGCAGCCACAUUUACACUCAAAGUCUGACAACAGGAGACCACCUCUACAAUCUGACCUACACAGGAGCAGGAGAUCUGAGCAGUAUUACUGACAAGAACAAGAACGUAGUGAACAUUCGCCGAGACACGACGGGCAUGCCUCUGUGGCUGAUGGCCCCCGAUGGGCAGACAUUCUGGUUCACCAUUGGCACAAACAAUGCACUUAAAUCUGUAGCUGCACAGGGUCAAGAGCUAGCUGUGAUGACCUACCACGGAAGCUCAGGACUCCUUGCAACUAAGACGAAUGAAAAUGGAUGGACGACUUUCUUUGAGUAUGACAGUUACGGGCGUCUGACUAACGUCACUUACCCCACGGGCCGUGUGAGCAGCUACCGCACAGACUCCGGCAGUUCCGUACGCAUCCAGUCAGAGGGCUCCAACAAAGAAGAUAUCACCAUCACCACCAACCUGUCAGCCUCCGGCACCUUCUACACACUCAUGCAGGAUCAAGUCCGAAACAGCUAUUACAUUGGUCUGGAUGGCUCGCUGCGGCUGGUGUUGGCCAAUGGUAUGGAGGUGUCACUGCACACAGAGCCCCACUCGCUGUCUGGAACAGUCAAUCCAACAGUGAGCAAGAGGAACGUAACACUGGCCAUUGACAAUGGCCUUAACCUGGUGGAGUGGAGGCAGAGGAAGGAGCAGGCUCGUGGCCAGGUCACUGUGUAUGGCCGCAGAUUGAGGGUUCAUAACAGGAACCUACUGUCAUUGGACUUCGAUCGAAUCACCAGGACCGAAAAGGUCUACGAUGACCACAGAAAGUUUACUUUACGGAUCCAUUACGACCAUGCUGGCCGGCCCACUCUGUGGGCGCCAAGCAGUCGUCUGAAUGGAGUCAAUGUGACCUAUUCAACUGGGGGGCAUGUGGCAGGUAUCCAAAGAGGGACCAUGUCCGUACGCAUGGAGUAUGACCAGAAUGGAAGAAUCACCUCCCAAAUAUUUGCUGAUGGAAAAUCAUGGACUUACACUUACCUUGAGAAGUCCAUGGUCCUGCUGCUCUACAGCCAGCGGCAGUAUAUCUUUGAAUUCGACAAGAAUGACAGACUAUCCUCUGUGACCAUGCCCAACGUGGCACGGCAGACCCUAGAGACCUCCCGCUCCAUUGGCUACUACAGAAACACCUACCGGCCCCCUGAAGGUAACGCUUCAGUGCUCCAGGACUACAGCGAGGAGGGCCAGUUGCUGCAGACCACCUACCUGGGCACAGGCCGCCGGGUCAUCUACAAAUACGGCAAGCUUUCCAAGCUGCUUGAGAUCCUCUAUGACACCACGCGCAUCGGUUUCUCCUACGAUGAGGUGGCGGGCAUGCUGAAGACAGUCAACCUGCAGAGCGAGGGCUUCACCUGCACCAUCCGCUACCGGCAGAUCGGCCCACUGAUAGACAGACAGAUCUUCAGAUUCAGUGAAGAGGGCAUGGUCAAUGCCAGAUUUGACUAUGUGUACGACAACAGUUUCCGCGUCACUAGCAUGCAGGCUGUCAUUAAUGAAACACCGCUGCCAAUCGACCUGUAUCGCUAUGACGAUGUGUCCGGCAAAACAGAACAGUUCGGCAAAUUUGGAGUUAUCUAUUAUGACAUAAAUCAAAUUAUCACCACAGCAGUGAUGACCCACACCAAACACUUUGAUGCCUAUGGCCGAGUGAAGGAGGUCCAGUAUGAGAUCUUCCGCUCGCUCAUGUACUGGAUGAUGGUGCAGUAUGACAACAUGGGUAGAGUGGUAGCCAAGGAGCUGAAGGUCGGGCCUUACGCCAACACCACACGCUACACAUACGAGUACGAUGCCGACGGUCAACUCCAGGUGGUCUCCAUCAACGACAAGCCUCUGUGGAGGUACAGCUACGACCUGAACGGCAACUUACACCUCCUCAGCCCUGGAAACAGCGCGCGGCUCACACCACUACGUUAUGAUAUCAGAGACCGCAUUACUCGCUUGGGAGAUGUCCAGUAUAGGAUGGAUGAGGAUGGUUUUCUCAAGCAAAGAGGGAACGACUACUUUGAGUACAACUCGGCGGGCCUGCUGGUUAAGGUGUACAACAAAGUGGCCGGUUGGAACAUCAAAUACCGUUAUGACGGCCUGGGCAGGAGGGUGUCCAGCAAAAGCAGCACGGGCCAUCACCUGCAGUUCUUCUACGCUGACUUAUCCAGCCCCACCCGGGUCACCCAUAUGUACAAUCACUCCAGCUCCGAGAUCACGUCGCUCUACUACGACUUACAGGGACACUUGUUUGCCAUGGAGCUAAGCAGCGGGGAUGAGUUCUAUGUAGCUUGUGAUAAUAUAGGCACACCUCUGGCUGUGUUCAGUGGCUCAGGCCUCAUGAUUAAGCAGAUCCUCCAUACAGCGUUCGGAGAGGUUUACCUCGACACCAACCCCAACUUCCAGAUCAUAAUCGGCUACCAGGGAGGCCUGUACGAGCCGCUGAGCAGACUGGUCCACAUGGGCACACGGGACUACGAUGUCCUCGCCGGCCGCUGGACAACACCUAACCAUAACAUCUGGAAACGUCUCAACAGCAACCACAUUGUGCCGUUCAACUUGUACAUGUUCAAGAACAACAACCCUCUCAGCAACAAUAAGGCCAUAAAGUGCUACAUGACCGAUGUGAACAGCUGGUUGGUGACCUUCGGCUUCCAGCUAUACAACGUCAUCCCCGGCUAUCGCAAACCGAGCACAGAGGCCAUGCAGCCGUCCUACGAGUUAGUGCGCACCCAGAUCAAGACACAGGAGUGGGAUAGCACUAAGUCUUUGCUGGGCGUUCAGUGUGAAGUUCAGAGGCAGCUGAAGGCCUUUGUGAAGCUGGAGCGCUUUGGUCAGAUCUACAGAGCCAAAAGUGCCGGAUGUCCUCAGACGGAGGACAAGAAGAUCUUUGCCUCUGGUGGUUCCAUCUUCGGAAAGGGGGUGAAAUUUGCCAUCCGUGACGGCCGCAUCAGUACAGAUAUCGUCAGUUUAGCCAACGAGGACGGGCGGCGCAUGGCCGCAGUACUGAACGACGCCUUCUACCUUGAAGACCUCCACUUCACUAUCGCCGGGAUGGACACACACUACUUUGUCAAACUGGGCUCGGUGGAGGGAGACCUGUCCCUCAUCGGCAUGACGGUGGGCCGGCGCACGCUGGAGACCGGCGUCAACGUGACCGUGUCUCAGGUCAACACUGUUCUCAAUGGCAGGACUAGGCGCAUCACCGACAUCCAGCUGCAGUAUGGCGCUCUGUGUUUGAAUACGCGUUACGGCAGCAGCGUGGAUGAGGAGAAAGCUCGUGUGUUGGAACUGGCACGGCAGAGAUCCGUGGCCCAGGCGUGGGCCCGAGAGCGCCAGAGACUGAGGGACGGAGAGGAGGGCUCGCGCACCUGGACUGAGGGAGAGAAGCAACAGCUCCUGGGCUCGGGUAAGGUGCAGGGCUACGACGGAUACUACGUGGUUUCAGUGGACCAGUACCCCGAGCUGGCAGACAGUGUCAACAACAUUCAUUUUAUGAGACAGACCGAAAUGGGCCGAAGGUGACAUGAAAACGAGGCUCCAGAGUCACAGACUCGGAUGUAGGACAUGGGACUUCUUGCCAAAGACAGUUGUGUACAUGACCACUUUUUUUUCCCCUCUGACUUCGCUCAACUUGGUUUUUAAUAUACUGUAAAAAAGGAAAAAACAUGGCUGCAAUCAGUUGCACUGCAUUAAUAGAAGAGUGCCCUUCUCCUUUUGAAGAUACUUCAACAGUCUUUGCCCUCCAAGUGCGGCUGCUAGAGGAUGAACAUUUGCGAUGUCUGUGACUUAUUUUUGUGACUCCCAUUUCCUCGUCCCUGUUGGUGAUUCUGUUCAAAGAAACCUGAGAGGAGUAUUGGUAAUGCAUUAUGUUCACUGGCUAACUCUGCAGCCAGACUUGCAGAUUGUUAUUCACAAGCUUGCUCCAUUCUGCCUCAGCCAAGGAGAUUCCUUCUCUUUUAAUCACUUCUUUUUUAUACUUGAAACCCCUCAUAGCCCCAGUCAUCCAUAAAUAAUGAGAGCGAUUUCUGUUGGCGGUGGAGCCCUUCAUCAAGACCCCAGCUGAACUCGUCAAAGCACCUUCAUUUGUGUGAUGUCUCGUACCUUUUCAGAGGAGGAUUGAUACCCAUAUGAAGCUUCAGUGCUCCCUGACUGUGCAUGUCCAUGCUUUAUGAACUACAAAACAAGUGAAACUGCUUAAUCGAGCUUCAAUUUUAUAGUAAGGCCAACAAAGGGGUAUGAGGUCAUGUUUUUUAUUUCCUGUGUAUUUUAUUUUUUUAACUGGAAUUCUUUCUCUAUAGGAAAAAAAAAGGAAAACAUUGAAUAAAUGAUUCUCUGCUCCCUUUUAUUUGACUGGGGUCAAACAACUCGAUUAUGAAAAAUAGCAACGAGCCAACCCUGUAAGAAACUACAGUGGAAUUAAUGUCUGUAUUAAACAUCAAAAGGUAUUUUACAGGAAUGGGUUUGAAUUACAUUUUAGGUUUUUUUUAUAAAUAGCUAUAUGAAUUAACAGUAUAACAAAUGUGAAUUAAAAAAAUAAUGUGAACUAUUGUCCCUUUUAUUGUUAAUUGUUGUACUUGAACAAUACUUAAGGGUGUUUCAACACAUGGAAUAAACUAUGGAAGGUGGUUUAGUUUAAUCAAUUACUGUGUGUUUCAUUAAGCCGACUACAUUUUACUGAUCUUUGCAUUGAAAGGCAGUGUUUGUUUCUCAAUGAGCUUAAGUCAGUAUUCCUCACUACAAAGUCCAAUCAUAUAAAGCUUGGGAUGAGAAUAUUUUUAAGAAUAAAGACUACCCAUUGUCAUCAGUGAUACGUACCACAUUAACAUGCUAGCUGCUGGAGUGAGUGGCCUCACAUUGUGAUGUUGGCGGGAUGAAAGAAACAAAUUGCCUUUGCCCUAAGGGCUGCCCAUAGGUCAGCAUCCAGAGUGCUUUCAUUCUCCGGAAUAAGACUCCGCUCGGUCCCCUGGCUGCGUUAGACCUGCAGGUGUACUAGUUGCCGUUUACAGACUAAAGGUCGUCCAUACACGACAACGUUGGAAAUAACCCACAUGGACACAUUCUAGCUCCCAUAUGUCCGUGUCCCCCUCUGUGGAAAACCGCAAAGGACAAUUCUGCUCAUUCGGAAAAUGUCCUUACUCAAGAGGAAUCAAGACUAUUUUGAAAAUUGUGACAUUGAUUUGACAUCUGGUUCUUUAUGACAAUCCACUACACGCUAUGGACUCUCUUAUCAUUUUCCAUCUGAAUAUUUGUGUGUGUAGAGGUGGUGGGAGCAUGAUUGAGUGUCUCAAUCUGUAAAAAUAUAAAAGCAAACACAGUUAUUUUUAUUUCUGCUGCUGGUUGAUUCAGUGAUGUUGUGUCUCCAAAAAAUAUGUAUGUUCAGCAUUAUAUGAAUGAAAGAUAUUUGCAUUGUGGAAUAUUGCACUGAGACCUGUCGCGUCAUAAGACUGUAUCUUUUUCUAAAGUUUUGGACUCAUUUUGAGUUUCUAGUUUGUUCUCAACACUGUGUUUUUAGUGCUUCUCUUUGACCAUGUAAAUAUGAAGACAUCCAAGUAAGCUGUAAAUAAAAUGCAAAUGUAGAUACCUCUUAGAGCUACAUCAGUGACCCUGUGUAGUCUUAAGGUAGAAAAAAAUA